ACAUGACGGCUUGUCUCGUCUUCUACUGCGCCAACGUCACCACCCUGCAUGGCCCUCUGAUUUGCUCGAGCGAGUGCUUAUACAUCACGUUUCCUGCUUUACACAAGACUGACAUAAGACGCUACAUGCACUACGCAAUUUACAUGCUCUCUUCCUCUGCCGCUCUGUCGACGAGCACUGCCCUCAGACCCUCGGUUUCACUCGGGAUCCUUCACUUGCCCAUGGCUUACGAGCAUAGCACAUCUUCCCCGAAUCGGGUGCAGCAUACGUACUGGUCGUCAGAAUGUCUCAAUGCAACACAGGAUUAA